AUGUCGGCGACCAACAUCCCCAACCGCAACGACGUCCCCGGUGGCAUUGCCCCGUGAGUGAUCUCGUCUACACUCGCAGUCUGUUUCACGUUCAUCCCGUGCCGUGUACGCUCCGCUCGGUGGCAGCAGCUGAACAGCCUCGUGCGACCGACCGACUGAUUGAUUGACUGGACCACCCGAACGAGGUCGCAACCAUUUCGGCGACCAGACUGACUGACACGUGAUUCCCACCUGCCCAUCUUUUCUUCGAUCUCGUUUCUUCCCACAGUACACCUCAAAGUGCGUACAUGAGCCUUGCACCCUCGCGCCCGUCUUCGAGACCCGAGUGUCGGACCCAACGCCGCUCGUCGCGAUCGCACGUGUGACGCUCUCGCAGUGCUGACAUUGUCGCCGUGUUCGCAUCUCGCGCUCUACAGACACCCCUGCGGCGCAUUUGUCCCACUCGGUCAUGUCGUAAGUGUCGUUCUUGCGCGGUACAGGUACAUUCCCGGCCCUCGCUCAACCUCGAGCGGGCACGGCCGCCUGACGGCUCUCUGUCGUUCGAGGCGCGGCCCCCUUGGAGGCUCUCCUCGGCUCGCGCUCGCCUUCCCCCCAAAGGGAAAAGUCGCGCGCCAGCCCAGCGAGCGAGCGGCCCGAGGGCAGCGGCGCCGGUGGCCUGCCAGGCAGACGUCAGAACGCUUGCCGCCUGGGGGACAACUGACCGCUCAGCUGACCUCCGGACGGCGCGAUUCGACUCGAUCCGCAUUCGAGCCCUGCCCUACCCACCUCAUUCGGCGUCAUCCCAUCCAUACAUCCCCGUUGGUGGCAUGAACCCACAUCAAGACUCUGUAGCUGACCUCGCCUUGUCUGCCCGUUCUUUCUGAUCCUGAUCUCCAGCCGCCCUCAAGUCCCCUCGACCUUGUCCGAGGAGCAAGAGGACGAUGACCUUCCCACGAUCCAGACCGAUGGCGCAUCCGGUGCUCUCGCCGCUCUUUCGGGCCACCCCGCCUUCAGUCAGUUCGCGCCUCUUGCUACCUACACUCGUCUGCCCGUUCGCAGCAUCGCUGACCUCGACCGUCUGUCUGUUCUCCUCUCCCGCGUGUUCUCCCUUUGCGCCUCCCCACCUCCGCCCCACACUCAUCAUGGUCUCUACGCCGCACCGCACCGCGCCGCCUCCGCCUGGCUCGAAUCCUGACCCUACAUCACAGCCCAACUCGUCCAGGGCAAGCUCGACCGUCUCGUCGGCCAGUCUUCGGGCUACAUCGAGUCGCUCCCUCUGCCCGUCCGCCGCCGCAUCACCGGCCUCAAGGGUGUCCAAGCCGAGCACUCCAAGAUCGAGGCCGAGUUCCAGAGGGAGAUCUUUGAGCUCGAGAAGAAGUACGCCGAAAAGUACGCGCCCCUGUACGACCGACGCCGCGCCCUGAUCGACGGUACCGCCGAGCCGACCGAGGAAGAGGUCGAGAAGGGGUACGCUGAAGAGGAUGCCCUGGAGGAUGAGGAUGAGGAUGAGGACGAUGAGGACGAUGAGGAUGAGGAGAAGCCCGCAAAGGAGCGACUCGCCAAGCCUACCGAGGAGGAACUCGCCGAGGCCCCCAAGGGUAUCCCCGAAUUCUGGCUCACCGCGCUCAAGAACCACCUCGGCUUGUCGGAGCUCAUCACCGAGCGCGACGAGGAGGCGCUCAAAUUCUUGGCCGACAUCCGAGUCGCCUACCCGGCCGACAAGCCCGGCUUCACGCUCGUGUUCGAGUUCACCGCCGGCGCCAAGGCCUUCUUCUCGAACACUAAGCUCGAAAAGACCUACUACUACCAGGACGAGGUUGGAUACGAGGGCGAUUUUGUUUACGACCACGCCGUCGGCACAAAGAUCGAAUGGGUCGAUGGCAAGGACUUGACUACACGAGUCGAGACCAAGAAGCAGCGAAACAAGAGUGAGCAGUCCCUGCAUUUGACUAUUUCAGGCAUCGUCAUCGCGCAAUGCUGAAUCUAAUGCGCUUUCUUGGCCCGAAUAGACACCAACCAAACCCGUAUCGUCAAGAAGGUGGUUCCCACGGACUCGUUCUUCAGCUUCUUCAGCCCCCCCUCACCGCCGUCGGACGAGGACUCGGAGAACGAUAUCGAUGAGGAUAUCGACGAGAAGCUCGAGCUCGACUACCAGAUCGGCGAGGACAUCAAGGAGCGCGUUGUGCCCCGAGCGGUGUCGUACUUUGACGGUUCGGCGUUGAGGCACGAGCAGAUGGACGAGUUCGACAGUGAUGAGUUUGAUGAUGAGGAGGAGGAUGAGGAUUUGGACUCGGAUGAGGAUGAGGAUGAUGAGGGCCUUCCUGUUGGUCGAGGUCGUUCGAGGAAAGCACCCCUCCCGCCUUCGGGCGUCACCCCUGCUUCGGCACAGGAUCCGCAAGAGUAAGUUGUCGCCCCCGUCAAUACAUGCACGAGUUAGUAUACUGACCUCUCCCGCGUCCGUUCCUUUCAGGUGCAAGCAAUCGUAA